AUGGCCCCACGCACCGAAAAGAAAGCUGCCGGAGAAAAGCCUGAGAGAAAAGCGAAGUCUUCUGGCGGCGGACGCAAGAAGCUUACCGCUUACAACAAAUUCAUGCAGACGGAGAUGGCGCGUCUCAAGGAGGAAGAUCCGGACAUGCGCCAUCAGGACAGGUUCAAGCUGGCCACCUCGAACUGGAAGACAGCGAAGACUAAGACCGGGAACUGA